AUGUUACAAUUUUUCUUUUACCUCAGAGGUUAUUUCGGUGCUGCUUCGUGUAUAAUACUAUCAAAUUGGGGUGCUGCUUGGGGCACAUGGAAAUCUGGACUCGGCCUUUGUGGAAUGGCCGUUAACCACCCCCAGGGUGUAAUUAAGAAUCUCGUGGCAAUCAUCAUGGCGGGCGUUCUCGGCAUCUAUGGUUUGAUUGUUUCAAUCAUCAUUGCUGGCGCCAUUUCUGCACCAUCAAACGAGAACGGCAUCAAUACAUAUUCUCAAUACAACGGCUGGGCGCAUUUAGCGGCCGGUCUGUGCUGUGGUCUCUCCUGUCUAGCAUCAGGGGGUGCCACAGGCGUUGCCGGCGAAGUCGGCAUUCGGGCAACUGGACUGCGAGCAGAACUGAAUCACGCCAAGACCAGCGCUCUGACCGGAGGAAGCGGCGCCCAAGUUGUGGACGAAGGUGACGCUGGAAAAAUGUACAUUGGAUCAGUAAUGAUUCUAUCCUUUGCCGGAGCAAUUGGACUAUAUGGGCUUAUUGUAGCCCUCAUUAUCACUUCCUCGAGCCAAUACUACUGCGAGUAA